UAAACUCAGUCAAUUCACUUGUGAAUCAUCUGUAAAAAUCCAUAAAAAUGUCCGAAUUAGAACAAGAAGAACCGGAUGAUGCUCUUCAAGCAUCCAGAACAGCAUUUGACUACAUUUUCAAGCUGUUCUAUCCAGUUUACUAUUUUGUGACGAUUCCUGUUCGAAUUACUAACUGGUUCUUCACAAAUUUUCCUGUAUUUUCAUCCCUAUCACUAUUCCUGUUUAUUGCUACUGUAUUGAUCACUUUGUACGUCUAUAGGCGAUUGUCAUCAACACCACGUGAAAGCUUUAUCAGUUAUAUUCUAUACACUGUGGUUCCGUACGGAGUGUCCAUCGUCUACACAGUUGUUGGUUUCAUUUUCCCUCAAGUCCGAAUUGUCACACGAAUUAUCGAUGUUCUCCUGCAUCCAAUCAAAUUUAUUCUGGGAUUCAUCGAAAAAGUCGAUAAUCGAGCUGCUCCAAUUCGUCGCACAGUAGAAGCAAUCCACGGACCAAAGCCACCAAAAGCAGGUGUAAAAUCGGUUGAAGAUUCUAUCAACGAAGCUCGACUUCAAUGUUUCCUGUGUAAAUUGACUGAGAAACGUGUUCUGCUCCGCCCAUGCAAUCAUCUCUGCUUUUGUGAACCUUGCAAUGAUACCUUCCAGAAGCAGAUACCUCUACUAUGUCCAAUAUGCCACAUGCAUGUUCAGUCGUUUGAAAUUGUACAUUUCUGAUUAUCAUAUCCAUUUACACAUUUCUGUAUAUUUUAAAUCAAAACAUCCAUUUUCCAACCUGCCUACCUUUUAAAAUCCCCAUGAUUCUCCAUUACCAGUUUUCAUUGAUGCGUGUACGACUUUUCCCUAUCUGACAAUUCUGUUAAAUAUUGAUCUAAAAAUUAGAAACUCUAUUAGCUAAUAAAUCUUGAGUC